UUCCAAUUUUUUCCGCGCCAAGCCGUAGCGGGCGUUGCCCCCGGCAUAAAGGUAGCUCCGCCCCUGGGGCUGACACCCAAUCUUGAGAGGUUACAUCUUGAAGAAUGUGAUAAUUUGGUAGCACUUGAUGUGCAUGGUGGAUGUCUAAAAAGCCUUGUCUAUUUAAACCUAAGAAGUUGUACAAAGUUGAGGAGCCUUGACCUGGGGUUGACACCCAAUCUUGAGAGGUUACAUCUUGAAUGUUGUUAUAAUUUGGUAGCACUUGACGUGCACGGUGGAUGUCUAAAAACCCUUGUCUAUUUAAACAUACGUUUCUGCAAGAGUUUGAAGUCUAUAUCUUUUAUCCAACAGUUGGAAUCUCUUGAGGUUCUUCAUAUAACUGGAUUAAAGCCGAAGGAAUUCCUGAAUUAUAUAACCACAGGGCACUCCAUCAAUAGUUUGCUAGAGCUUCAUCUUUCAUGGAACUUUAUAGAAGAAGUACCCUCAUCAAUUGGAAAUCUUCAUAAGCUUGUCUCUCUAAAUCUCACUAGAUGCUCUAAUCUUAAGAGUGUUACAGGAAGCAUUUGUAGUUUACAACAUUUGAGAACUCUUGACCUUCGAAACACUUGCAUAGAGGAAUUGCCAGAGGACCUUGGUCAAUUGGAAUGUCUAGAAGAGCUAGUUUUAACUUGUACAAAUGUUAAACAUCUCCCUGGUAGCAUUUGUAUGUUGAAACAUCUCAAAACCCUACUUCUUCAAAGUUGUAGGCUUCUUGAGAAGUUACCUGAGGAUGUUGGCCAAUUAGAAUCUUUGGAAAAAUUAGAUCUAAGAGAUUGCCCUGAUUUAAGAGAACUUCCGCUCAGCAUUUGUAAGUUGAAAUGUCUCAAAGAGUUGAAGCUUGGAGAAUGUUGGAGGCUUGAACAAGUGCCUGACGAACUAGGAAAUCUAAAAUGUUUACAAUUAUUAGAUGUCAGGGGUACUCGCAUAACUCACCUUCCCAAUAGCAUUUGUAACUCGAAAUGUCUCAAAGAGUUGGUGAUUUAUGCAUGUAGAAAGGUUGAAAAACUGCCUGAAGAACUAGGAAAUUUAAAAUGUUUACAAUUAUUAGAUGUUCGGGAAACUGGCAUAACUCACCUUCCACGGAACAUUUAUUCAUUGAAAGGUUUGAAAUACGAUAGAUGGAGAAUAAAAGAUUUUACUUAGUUAUGAUUCUUCUGAUAACAAUUACAUUGGAAGAAGAUCCAAGUACCAAAGGGCAAUUGAAGAGUGGAGCACCACACAUGUCAGCACUCGCUACUUCUCUUCUGAAGGCUCUAGAUGCACUUAAAGUUUCUCCGAAUCACACAUUUGUG